AUGUCUAAAAAUACAGAUCUAUCAUUGCAUACGAUACCUGUUGAAUUAGUCUAUCGAAUUCUGGAUUUUUUGGAUGAAUUAACAAUCUUCUCCGCAUGUCGAAAUGUUUGUGCACGAUUGAAUACAAUUACAAACACAUACCAUCGAUAUCAAAGACUCAGUACAGUUUAUCUCGGAGGCAAUCAAGUUGGUAUAGAAAAAGUCAAACAUCUCUGCAAUGUUUUACGACACAAUAAAACUAUUGUUAAUCUCUGUUUACAAUACAAUCAGUAUGACUCUGAAGAAGCAAAGUGUAUCAGUUCUGUACUUCUCCAUGACCAAAUAAUUGUUACACUUCAAUUCCAUAACAAUAACAUUGGUCCACAGGGAACAGAAUACCUAAGCAAUGCUUUACUAAAAAAUACAACACUUACCACGUUAAACCUCGCAAAUAAUUAUAUUGGUGAUGAAGGAGCCGGACAUCUAAGUAAACUUCUAGUUGAGAACAAAACUCUGACAACGCUUGAUCUUCGCCUCAAUCAAAUAAUCUUACAAGGAGCGCAAUACCUCGCCGAUGGUCUAUCGGAAAACGAAACACUUCGGAUACUCCAUCUUUCACGGAAUAAUAUUGGUGAUCAGGGCGUUAAAUAUCUUAGCAACGCUCUAAUACACAACAAAACACUUACCACACUAGGUCUUGAAGGUAUUCAACUUAGCGACCAAGGUGCUGAAUACAUAGUCAAUGUUUUACUUCAGAACCGAACACUCAUGACACUUCGUCUGCGUGAAAAUCGAAUCGACAACGACGGAAAACGAUACAUCAAGAAUGCACUUCAAAGGAAUUCACGAAUUAAAAUAACUCUAUAA